AUGGAGUUCGACCACACAUACAAUGGUGCCGUAGACUGGACCUUCCCAAGUCCCACGGCGACACCCACGGCCGGCAAUUUUCAGCAGCAUGUCUAUCAGACGCCCAAGACGGGCACCUUCCAGUCCCACUUCAACGAUGCCUUCAGCACACCGCAGAUGCCUGGCUAUGCUACACCCCAUCAGCCAGACUACGCUAUCAUGACGCCGGUGCAAGGACAGCAGCAGAUGCCGGCAGACAUGGACAACUACUACGCCAAUAUGCAGUCCAAUGGCACAAUGCUCCAACAUCCGGCGAUGCCACCUCCUACACAAUCUAGUGCCCCACCGGCAAUGGUGAGUCCUGUGUACGGGUACUCCAAUGGCCAACCAGUACAGCCCAGAGCUGCCAUGUCCUUCGACACAUCUCAGAUACAGACGCCUCCCCCUACGCGGGGAUCAUCUGUCAAGAAGCCUACGCCGUCUCAGUUCGUUGCCUUCGGGACGCCAUCGACAAUCGCAUCCAGAAGAUUUGCUAGCCCGCAACAGGUCCCUGCCGCGAUUCAACCACCACAGAGUCAGCAGCAAAUGCCUAUGCAGUUUCCGCACUUGCAGUUCUCGCCUCAGGUGAUUCAGUUCGCCAACCUUGGCCCACAGUCUGCACCUAUCUAUCCUCAGACACAGAUCAUGUGGGAACAGGCGCCCAAUCCAACCAUGUACUCGCAGCAGCCACGCAGACUAGACGACCCAUUCUCACCGACGACAUCAGGUCCCAUGGGUUGGCCCACCCAAACGAUGCAGACCAGUGCUGCUCAGACUGUGUCUUUCAACACGCCGGCCAUGUCUAGUUUCCCUGUACAGCCGCCGUUCGAGAGGCCAGCAUCCGCAGCGCCCGUCGCUACAUCGCAGCAGGCACCUCCAAUCCCUGCUAUGACCACAGCAAGUGUGGACCCUUCUCUGGUCUACAGCUCACCGAUACGCCCCGUGAAGUCGUCAAACACUAAGCCUAACAGACCGCCAAUCACUGCGCCCAAGUCUGAGACUAAGCGCAAAGACAGUGGAAAUGCCGAACAUAAGCGUACCGAGACUACAUCGUCGGUGGACACUGUAUCGACGACGUCCAGUACAUCCAAGGGCCUUCGACGGAGCAACACCACAGGUACAGCCAGGCCGCCAAGCGCACCGAGAGCCAACAGCAGCGAAAGCCUAAGUCGCAGCAGCAGCACGUUGCAGCCACCACGGACAGCAUCGCCUAUGAAGCGCGUUGGCAGACUGCCACUUGGCUCAAUAUCCGAAUCGAGAAGAAUCACACCGCGUGCAUCUGUCAUACUCACCAUUGACGAGAGUGGCCGAGCGAGGACAGUGACACAGAAUGUGCCAAGCCUUGUUCCCAGCAAGUCGAUGCUUGACAAGUAUCAAGAGAGGUUUCCAGGCCUGUUCGACAGCGACACGAGUGAUGAGGAGGAAGACGAGGAGGACCAAACACCAAGCCGCAGCGCCUCUCUCAGUUUCGCCAGAGGUGAGGAGAGGAAGUCGAAGGUCGCGAAACUGGACCCCCCUGUGGAGAACCUCGAAGGCUUGAGCAUACCUCAUUCAAGCUCAUCAGCUUCGAUGAAAGUGACACCUUCCAGAGCCGCUAUCGCUGCCGCCGCUCAGCUGCGGCGUGGAGGCAGUCUUCGAAAACAGACCCCCAGUCGAAAUGGCCAGCGACGCGCAGCGAGCUCGGCGGCCGCCACGAUCGACACUGCUCCCAUGGACAUGCACUCUGAUCGACAGCAUUCCAUCGCUGGAGCACAGACACCUAGUCUCAGCCUCGAGUGGCCAGAGACCGCGCUGGACGCUCACAACCGAAGAUGGAGCGUAAUGUCUAUGGAUCAGCCGCACUCGGUGUCACCUACCCAUCAGUUCCCGGAAAAUCCCUACGCGCAACACGACUUACGACGGGCAGCUCAGCCAGGUCGGCUGUUGAUCCGUUGCACUUGCGGCGUGCCUCACGAUCAGGGAAUGGUACUGGUUCAGUGCAUCUCCUGCACUCAACACACGCACGCGGCCUGUGUGGGACUCAACCCAGCUUCUCUAUCAAAUACGUUUACGUGCUUCUUAUGCACGAGGCCAAGUUCCGGACUUAAAGUAAAAGUCGGGAGCCGCACACGAUCAUGA